CACAGUCAGGGCGUGGAUGGAUACAAAUACUCAGGUUUAUUCCUUGGAGAGGAUUUUCUGAGUGAGCAAAAUUCCUAAGCCUUUGGUUCUAAGAAUUUUAAGGAGUCAUCAGAACAACAACAACAGCCACAAAAUCCCAAACUCAGAAACAAAACCCCUAAAUAAAUAGUUCCCUGCCUCAGGUCCUGGCAUAAUCAACCUAAACCCUAAAAUUCUGUUAGCUUCUCUGCUGAGUUUGAAACGGCUCUAACGAUUGGCCAACAGCUUUUCACGUUAGAGAAACAGAGGACAUCAUUGGCUAGAGUUAGCCAUCCGCCUGCCACCGGACCCUGGAAUGUUAGGCCAGUGGUUGCCAUAGCGACUGAACGGCGAGAGGCUAGACUGACUAGGUAGGAGCCAGCUCCUGUUGACGGGCCGGUCCUUGAGGUCGUGAGGAGGACUCGGCGUACUCCAUGGGACACCCACUGAGACCUCCGGACUCUGGGUGUUUAGAAGAAUGUGAGGCUGAGGUUUUCCUCAAAGGGAUUGAACAUGCCCCAGAGCUUAGUUAACAUGGACAGCAUUCUCCUGAAAGAUGAAGACCCUGGCAAACGGAUCAAGCAUGGCGACAAAGUACAGAAAGGUUUUACCGCUGCAUACCCAACCCAAGCCUCCAUUCCUUAUAAAUACAGAAUAUCAAUAAUCCCGGAAUCAGAAAAAAAGGGAUUUAACAGCCAAGCCAGGAGAUUCUAUCACAAAAAGGACGACGUCCCAGGCCCUGGGUUCUACAACGUCAUCCACCAGUCUCCAGUGUUCAACAAUGUCUCUCUUUCCAAGAGAGGAACCUGCACUUUUCCCUCCACGUGUGCCCGGCUGGGCAACAUCAUUUCUAAAUAUCCUGCUGCCAAUGCCUACACCAUCCCCUCAGAGUUGGUUUCCAAGAAGGACUUCAGCAAUUCCUGUUCCAGCAUGUUCCAGCUGCCAAGCUUCAUGAAAGUGGUCAAAUCGGAAACCCCUGCCCCAAACCAGUACCACGCCGCCAGCGCCAGCUGCAAACAGAGAAGCAAUCUCUCUGCUCGAGUUGGGUUUCUGUCAAAAACAGAAAGAGGAGUCUUCCCCUUGACCCGCUCGGCAGGGCCAGCUCCAGGGCAUUACAACGUCAAUGAAUCUUUGGUAAAGCAGUCACCAAAGAUCUUAGUGUCCUGCUUCAAAUCCAAAACUGGUCGUGGAUUAAAACUGACGUCAACAGGCCCGGGGCCUGGUUACUACAACCCCAAUGAACACACCAAGAUUCUGAAAAAGCCUCAUAUCCCGAAAGCCACAUACAAGCCAGAGAUCCCAGGGAAGCAGUCCUUCCUCUACAAUGAGGACAACAAAUGGAUCCCAGCCAUCUAGUGAUGCCACGGCAGCUGGCGGGAAGGCCCCUCCAGCCAGGCCCCCGACCCUGCUCCCCUGGACAUCCAUCAGCAGAACACACCUUUCCUCUGUCACCCAGCCCGGGGUCACAUACUGUCUGGAGCUGCCUUCUGGAGACUGGCCACCCCUGCCCCUCCCAUGCGUUCGUUCCUGAACAGAAAGGAGGAGCAGGCAGAGUUCUCUGGCUACCUCUAUGUCAGCCUCCAAGCUGGUUUGGGUGACUCUCCUCCCCAGAGUUAAGGGAUCUUGAAGUAUGGACUCUGAUGUGGCGCCCCGGCCUCCUGCCAAGACAGCCUGUGGUGAAUUCCUUGCUUAGAAGCCAGUCAGCCAGGGAUCCGAGGCCUGGUCCAUGGGUCCUGACUUCCAAUUGCCCUUGACUUCUGGGAGGCAGGAGGCUUGGAGAUGCCUGCAACAGAAACACAGGGAUGUUCCCUGGGCAACCCUGCCCUAGCUAUGACUUGUUAUCACACAGUAAGAACAUGGAAACCGGUCAUGAAUCACUCAUCAACCAUGGACUUGAAGGCUCUGUAUUCAUCAGCAGGCAAGGCAGGACCCAGCUGGAGCUGGAGGCCUGGAACCCCAGGGCAGGGAGGACCUGUGUCCCUUCCUCCAUGUUCUCACUUCCCCAACCUUGCCUCGCCUUCCUGACUUCCCACUCCAGUUCUGAGAAAGCAUCAGUUUCUAAGUUGGACCGUGUCUCUAACAGACCCCAGCAAUGGCUAGAGGAAGAGCUGACCAAGAACCGAGACGAAAUUAAACUGACCACACAUCUUCUCUUUCCCCAGGUGUUGAUAAUGUCUGCCACUUUUCUAGAUGGAAUCCUCCUGGGCUCCCUUCCCUCCUCCAGCCCCUGAUCCUCUUCCAGGAUGCCUGGGCCUCUUGCUUCCCAGGGCCCCUUCCUUGAAGUUCUCCGGGAACUGUGCAUCCUGGGCCUCCCAUCCAGACUGGCUUCUUGAUCGGCUUUUCUCUUGGGGUUGGGGCGGGGCAUGAGGAAGAGGGAGAGAAGGGAUGAAGAAACUUAUCCAAUUAAAUGGAAUUAUUGCUUCUCACAGA